GCGAGAAGUAAGGCUAAACUAUUGUGAGAAUUUCCUGUAAUUUUCUUCGAUUGUUGUUCAAUAUAUUAAGUCUUUAAUGAUUUCACAAGAAGAAUUACUAUCUUCGAGAAGCUUGCUGGGAAAUAAAGACAUAAUAGAAAGAUUGAAUUUGCGGUUAUGUUGAAUUAGAUUAGAAUCAUGAAUCUAGCCGAAAACUUAAAGCUUAUGAAUUUAAAAGAAUGUGGGUUCGAUUCCUACUAUAGAUUGAAUCUUAAAAAUUUACAUUAGAGCUUUAUGAAUAAGGAUUCGAACUAAUGAUUUGUCAUCUUGGCGAUACCUAAACUCUUAAAUUAUUUAAAAAGAACACUUAGACAAGGCUAUGAACAGAAGUUAUCAAAUAUAUUCUGAAAAAUUCCCAAGAAACUUUUAAUAAUUACUAAUCUCAUUUGCCUGAUCAGCGUCUUGUUAAUUCCAAAAAAAAAAAUAUUCAAACAAAAAUCUUAAAUGUCAAAAAACCAACGCAUUAGAACAAGCAUCAGCAAAAAAUAGUAAAUCUAUGACGAUAGAAAACUAUCAAAGUUUCAUCAUAUAUCUCCAACACAUAACUAUUUUCUAUAACUGUAAGGAAUAAAUUAUAAAAUAUAUGAGAGCGAACAUGCCGAGAAUUUAUUCUACAUAUAAGUCAACAUUAAACCAAGAGAAAGAGAGAGAAUAGAAUUGAGAGUCGAUAAAAUUCGAAGGCUACUUUUGCAAAUCAUUCAGCAAUCCAUUCAUCCUCAAACCAUCCUCAAUCGUCAUGAAAAACUAUAACAGCAGCAGAAACACUUUUACCACUACACACGUCAUGCACACAUAGUACAUAUCAGAGGGGGCACAACUCACCCAACACACAGCGACAAACAACGACAUACGAGGCAAUUCAUCUCUCUUACAUACGAAUAAUAUUUUUUUUAUAUCAUCUUCACUCGAUAUUUUAUUUCAUUAUUUUUCGUGUGAUGUCCAUAAGAGCAUGGUGAGAGAGGGAGAGAGCGAUAAAGACACGAGAGUAUCAAGUCUAAGUAUCAAAAAAAAAAAAAUAAGACUGACUAUAAAGUAAAGUAAAUGUGAAGUAAUGGAGAAGAUGAGUCUCAAGUCUUAUAUCUUCAAUAACAGCAGCAGCAGCAACGACGACGACAAUGAUGAUGAUGAUGAAAUAAAGCAAAAAAAAAAUAUAAAAAUUAUUGAGAGAAAAGAGAGUGAGCGAGUAAAUGAAAGAUAUAAUUUUUUUAAACCAAAAAAAAGACGAGAAAUUGUAAAGAAGGAAACGAGAAAAAAAAAAUAAAAACAUACUAACAAACACAACAAUUAAAUGUAUCAGGCAAAAAUACUUAACCGAAAAGAAAGAAAAAGGAAAAAAAAAUUUUAUACACGCAUAGUCAGUGUGCACUUUGCUGUGUUUAGACAACAAUUAUAAUUUUUUUUCUUUCUUAUUUUCUCAGUACUUUGUUAGAUUUCGGCCAGAACGGAUUGAAUUUUGGAUAUUGUGCGCUCCGCUCUCCGGGCACUAUAUACACUAUAUAAAUAUUUUUUUGUGUGUCUCAUUAAUUUAAUUUCACCGAAAAAAAUAUAAAAUAAAAAAAUUAAAAGGAAUGAAAAAAAUUAUUUUUAUGGAAAAAUUUAUUGUGAUGAUGAUGUUGUUAUAAAAUAGUAAGGACACUCUGAGGAUAUGUCUGAAAAAUAAUAAAAAAAAAUCAAGUUGCAUGAGAGAAAAAAAAUAUUUUUGUUGACAAACAGAAAAAAUAAAAAAAAAAGUUGUGAAAGGAGAAAAAUUUCUCGAGGAAAAAAAAAAGAAUUGCCGACAAGUGACAUUUAGAUUAGUGCAGCGGCGAUUAACAUUGAAGGAGAUUAAGCUGUGUGGUGGUGUCAAGUGUGAAUAUUUAUUAAAAAUCAUUGUCGUCAUCAUCAUCACCCACAUGUGAGAAAAGGCAACAACAACAACACCAAUAUUUAUGAUAAUAAGAAUAACAUUCGAAAAGGAGAUAUUUUUAUAGAAUUGCAAAAAAAAGAAGAAAGAAAAUAAUAUUUUGUGCAAUGACAAAUAUAUUAAAAUCCAGAAGCCGAAAUUAAGUGAUAAAGUCUCUCAAAAUCUCCCCUAUAUACGAUUCUCUGUCUAUCUCUCUCACUCAUCAGAACAAAUGGAAUUUAUGCAAUGUGUAGAAUCGAUGCAGUCCAAUUUUGUAUAACAAAAGAGAUUUUUUAAGUUUUUUUUUAAAAAAAUUUGUGUUUUUUAUCAACGCGUUGUGAAUGAGAGAGCAAGAAAAGAAGGAGAAAAUAAUUAGAUAAGAAUAAAAACUCGUAAAUUAGUUAACAGCAGCAAGAAGAAGAAAAAGAUCAGAAAGGAUUCAGAAUUUUUUUAUUCGACACAGCAACAUUGACCUCAGGAUGGAUAUAUCAUCACCGACGCCAUCCGAUCAGCAAUAUGCUCUAAAAUGGAAUGAUUUUCAAUCAUCAAUAUUGUCAUCGUUUCGGCAUUUACGCGAUGAAGAGGAUUUUGUGGAUGUAACAUUGGCGUGUGAUCAGCGAUCAUUUACUGCUCAUAAGGUGGUAUUGAGCGCAUGCAGUCCAUAUUUUCGUAAAUUACUAAAGGCCAAUCCUUGCGAACAUCCAAUCGUUAUUCUUCGAGACAUUCGUUCCGAAGACGUGGAAAAUUUGUUAAGAUUUAUGUAUAAUGGCGAAGUUCACAUCGGACAAGAGCAACUUAGUGACUUCCUUAAGACAGCACAUUUAUUGCAGAUUCGAGGACUUGCUGAAGUUACCAAUAAUCACCACUCACUCCAUAAAAGCAAUCUUUCACAUAAUGCUUCCCUUAAUUCAUCAUCAAUUCUUCCAGCAUUGACGUCGCUGAGCAAAGAGAUGAAAAACUCUCCACAAAAUCAAAGCUCAACAUCAAUUCCAUGGGAUAUGAUUACAGAUGAUUCAUCUCAACCAACACCACCACCACAGAAACGAAUAAAAUCAGCCGAGCUUUACAAGAAACAGCAUGGACUUACGGAUGAACAAAUGGUUGUUCGCGAUCAUUUGGCAUCGAGCUUACAGCAGCAUGCAUUGAGACGUGAUCGUGAUAAAUCGAAAGAAUCACAGUCACGUGAUAGAAGUGUAGAAAUGAAAGAAUCUUUGUUGAGUCAGGCAUUAGAAGGUGGACCGACGUUAACAAUACCAACACAGCAUCCGGAUUUGCAAUCACUUCAAGCGCAAAGUACCGGUGAGGAUUCAAACAGUAGCGAUACAGUUGCUUCUGAUGCUGGCGAUGUACAUGACGGAUUAAAUGGUUCACUCGAUCACUCAAGAACACCAACCUUCCCGAACUCAUUUUUGGGACUUCAAAAUCUUCCUGGCUUACUUCCCGGACCAUCUAGCAUGAGUGACAACUUUGUUCCACGCAAUUCUAUACAGCAUAAUUCAGCUCAUUUCAGCAAAAUGCAGCAGAAUUUAGCCCAACUUAGUGCAGCUCAGGACUAUUCAGAACAAAUGAACGAGAUGCGCGUUCGAGCUACGGAUCCUCGUCCAUGUCCAAAAUGCGGAAAAAUCUACCGUUCAGCACAUACAUUGAGGACACAUCUGGAAGACAAGCACACAAUUUGUCCUGGAUAUAGAUGCGUAUUAUGUGGAACUGUCGCCAAAUCUCGUAACUCUUUACACUCACACAUGUCACGUCAACAUCGUGGAAUCUCAACAAAAGACCUGCCAGUGUUACCAAUGCCGAGUCCAUUCGAUCCAGACCUAGCAUCUAAAUUACUUCAGAAAGCUGGAGUUUCAAUAUCAGCAGCAGAAUUACGUGCACGAGCUUCACCAACUGGAACUAGACGUUCAGACAUGAAAAUGGAUUUGAGAUCUGGCGAUGACAGUGAUGUUGAUGAUGCUGAAGAUUUGUCAAUGUCACACAGUGGAAGUAACAAAUUUAAUCCAGGAUAUUCACCUAAUCCAUUCAGUCAUCCAAGUACAACAAUAACACGCGUAAGACAAGAUGCACAAAAAAUGAUGGAAGCACAAAAAGAUAAUCAACUUCAAGGUUCAGGAUCAGCACUUCUCGAUACUUAUUUACAAUUCAUCACAGAAAAUUCUUUCGGAUCAAUGGGAAUGUCACAGGAACAGGCAGCAGCCGCCAUUCAAGCAGCAAAAUUUGCACAAAAAAUCGCACUAGAAAGAAAUCUCGAUAAGCUUCCGCCAAAUUUUUUCCCUCCACAACUCGACAUCUCAAAGAUCGCGGGCAUGAAUGAAGCAACAAAAAAUCUUAAUUUACCAAACGUCACAAUUGAGCCGGCAAAUCAUUCCUCCGGUCAUAAAUCACACAAUAUGUCAGGUAGCAGUGGACUAGACAUUCGACGUAGUGAAACAUCCGAUCGCCAUGAAGAUCGUCACUCGCCACAACAAAAUUCAAUGAAUAUUAAUAAUAAUAAUAGCAGCAAUACAAAUAACAAUAAUAUAAAUAAUUAUAAUAAGGAAGAAAGUUCCGCAGAUGAGCGUAAUAUGUCAGAUGACGAGAGCAGCAUUGCCGUUAAUUGAAAUUAUCAAUUAUCUUUAUCACUUCCCGUGUCAUAGUUGGAGGAUGUUCUUUGCUUUAUUUGUGUAUGUUUUGGCAACCGGAAAGUACAAAAAUAGGUCACAAGAAACAACUAUAUUAUUAUACAUAAAGGAGAAAGAAACAAAACUUUUUGUAAGUUGCAUUCUCAUUCAUAUAGUCGUGUAUGAAACAAAUUUAAUAAGUAUGUAGGUGGGACAACAUCACAUUGGAUAUAAAAUAAUAUUAUUUUUUGAAAUAAUCAUCAUGAAAAUGUAGAAACAAAAUUAUUAAAAGAAAAAAUUCACAAGGAUAUACAUAAAUAAGACAUACAACAUAUUUAGGCAAAAUGUCACAAUGGUAUAUGAAAGUUAUACGAAAGAAUAUAUUCAUUUUAUACACCUCAGUUAAAUUAUUAAAAUCGCCUUUCAAAAAUUGAAUUCUUGUAUACUGACUACAUGUAUACGCAGAUACUUACAUGAAAUGAUCAUUAUGAUGAAAUUUACAAACUUUGUUAGAUGAAGUGUUAAGAAAAAAUAAUUAAAUGAAGUGAAUUUUUGUAAAAAGAAUUAUUAGAAUUGAAAUCUGUAGGCCAUAUUCUCCAUGUAAGGAUGCAUUCGUAAAGUCUUGAAGAGUUUAGAUUGUUAACGGUUAUUUUUAUUUUGAACGUUUUGAGAUUAUAAAAUUACCAAGAUGAUGAAAUUUUAAGGAAUUAUUUUCUGAGAUGAUGCAAUUUAAAAACCUUUAAUUACCGAGAGGAUGAAUUUUGUCAUAAAAAUAUUACCAAGAUGGCAAGUUUUAAUUCCCUAGAAGACGCAAAAUUUUCAAAUUAAAAAUAACCGUUAUAAAUUUAGAACAAGUCUUUAUGAAUAAUUUUUUGAUUUUUUGAUAAAUUUAAAUUAAAUAAAGAAUAAAUGUAUAGUAGUGAAGGCGAAAAAGCAGCAGAAUAUCGAAUGCAACAUGAAUAAUAAAUUUAUAAUUUAAAAAAUAUUAAAUGUGCCAUCAAGAAGAUAUAAAAAAAACUUGGCAAGGUGUGAAAGAAUGAAAAAAAUGACGCAUAAAAGUCCUUGUCGAUAAAAUAAACAUAAAGAGAUACAAGAAAUAUAUUAAUUAUUACUAUAGAUACAUAAAUAAGCUUAUAAAUGAUCUUUACAUGAAACAAAAAAGUGAAAAAUGAGCAAUAUUGCAUUUUUAUACACAAAAGUACACUUUUUAAAAGAAUUAAAAAAAAAAUCGCAAUCAUAAAUUCCAUAACUACCUCAUGUUAAUUACCUCAAUUUAUUAUAUUUUUUUUUGAAUAACUUGUUUUAAUUCUUUCAAAUGCCGGUAAUGUAAUGUUGAAAUACCUCACUUUUAACACUUUGAAGAAUGAUAAUCAACAGUAUCAAGAAACAUAGAUGAAUAUUUAAAAUUAUAUAGACUAUAGUAGAACUAUAACAUUUCACAUAAAAAAAAAGAAAGAAAACUCAGAACUUUUAUUAGAAAAUGAAAAUACCUCAAAAGAACAAGAUUCUUUUCUCAUAAAAUACAAUUUUUUUUCUCUCAUAGUGUAGAUAUUAGGAUGAACAUGAUAAUGAUAUUUAGCAAUUAAUGAAGAAAAACAAAAUUCAAAUUAUUUACACAACAAACAUGUUAUUUAUGGCAAUAAUGGAUUAUGAAUUUCAUUUGAAACGAAACUUUUUUUUAAAAAAAUCCCGUGAAAUUUCACGAAUUAAGAGUCAAGACAAAUGAUAAUAAAAAUGCAUAAACUAAUGUUAAAUGAAGGUUAAGGAUUUCAUUUGAAGGUUACGAUUAUUCAAAAUUUUCACGACAUCCAUAAGAAGUGAGAAGAAGUCGACAAACUUUUUCGAUAGAAAGUCAAUUGAAAUUUUAUCACUAGUCCUUGAUGUAAACUCUUUCAACAAGUAUAGCUUUGAAUAAUAAAUAACAUUCUUCUUUUGACCUUAACUUGACAUCCAUAACCUUCAAUCAACAUAAUUUUGUGUCAAACCGAACAAUUAUAAUCACAAAACUACCUCAAAACAAUCAGAAAUUUACCAGAUGAUUUACACAAAGUUAAUUUUCAUAAUCCCAGAAUAUUUUACUAGUGCAGGAUUUUGAUGCUUCGAUCCAACAAAAUAUCAAUAACAAGCGUCAAAGUCUUGCACAUCAAACCCACCCCUUGACAAAAAAAAAGAGAUUUGUGUAAAAAUAAAUGAAAAUAUUAGUGAUGAGCUUUGCAUAGCUUUUAAAAAAGCUCUUAGAUGAGAUAUUUAAACAAAAAUGAGAGAAACUGUUUUAUCCCAUUUUGUAGAUUGAUAUUGAAAAACUAAAAAACACUAGUAUACAGAAUAUUUUAAAACAAUCACGAUUUUUCAUAGAAAAUUGAAUUUUUUGAGAUUUCUCGCGCGUAUACGAGCAACAACAAAAACUUUUUUUAAACAAAUUUUCACAGAAAUUUUAUUUAACUGCUGAAAAACUAACUUGUCGAGAAUGAAAGGCAACAAAAAGUUUAUAGUUUUGAAAUCAAUUUGUUUUCUGUCUUCCUCAAUUUGCAGUAACACGCCUAUAUACCACGAUUUACAUAUUCAAUGCUAUACAAUUCUAUUUUUUUCAUUAUUUUUCAAAUAUUUGUUUACCAUCAGACAUUGAUCAAACAAAAUCGGAAAGAAAUUUCUUUCUUUUUGACUCUCUUUUUAUUUUUUUCAUUUCAUUCAUAGGCACUUUUGCACAUGAAUCUUCCAAUUUUCUUUUCUUGUUUGUGUGUACUUUUCCUACUCAUCCUUAAAAACUUACAUGCAAAAGUUUUCCUUGCCUUCAUUUUAUUCAUUUACAACAAGAAUGAACUGAAAUUAUACGAUUGUGAACAAAAAAAAGUUUUCCAUUGAAACUUCCGAAAAAAUGUGUUUUUUGAUACUUUUUAGACAUUCAAUUGGAUGGUUGCUUAACAUUCUUGCAUUUUGGAAAUGUUUAACGAUUAAAAAAUGAUUUUGAUUUGAUUCAACUCGAGUUAUGCAAGUUUUACGCUACUUUGAAGCUUAACACAGCUUCUUUGAAGUUAAGUAAAGUUCUUCUGAACAAAAAUUCAAAUCAAAAUCUUCCCAAUUUGCAAUAGCAAGCAAACAUCCAGAAUUUCAAGCAAUCAACCAAAUAUAAACAUCAUGCAAGAAUUUAUUGAGAAUCGUGCAGAGGUCGUGUCAUUUUUAAACUGUAUACAUAUAAUAAAAACUUCUGUGUCAAUUAUUUGUCAGAUUUAAAAGUUACUUUCAAUAGUCGGAAGAAAAGCACCAUUGAUAAUGCAUUGUUACCAAUAUUCCGUUUAUAUGUUUUUUAAUAUUAUUUUUUUUGAAAGAUUUUUUUUUAUAUAUAUUUUUAAAAUGAUAGGUUUUUUUAUAUCGAAAUGAUGAAAAUGGAAGAUUAGAAUUUGUGAAUGGAACGAAUAAUGCAGAAUUUUUUAAGGAAUGAGAACUGUUGCAAUUAUUUUAUGUAACGAUUUUUUGGUACUCAAGGAAUCAAUGAAUUUCAAUUAAUUUAUAGAGCUUUUUAAGGAUAGCAGCUCUAGUUUUGUUUAAUCUUGAGUUUAUCAGAGCUUUUAAGGUUGUCAUGUACGCUGAGAGUUUAAUUUCAACCUGAAGACAACCUGAAAAGUUCUUAAAAACUUAGAUUUUAGCAAAAUUUUGAAAAACUUUAAUUUUGAAUUUUUUAACUGUACUUAAAAAGAAAGUUUAAUCUACCAUUUAAUGGAAUAAUUUUAGCGAACUAAUAAAAGCAUUUUUAUAUUUUUGAUUUGAUACAAAAAUAAAACCUAUUCGAAAAAAUUAGAAAAUUAUAUAAGGAUAAAAAAAAUUAGUAGAGUUUGAAAAAAAAAUCAACAUAAAAGCAAUUUGAAUCUCAUUUGUCGUAACUUAGAAAAUGAAAAAACAAAAAAAAAAAUGAUUGUGAGCUGAAAAAUAUUUUUUAAAAAAAGAAUUUUUUUCUCUUAAAUUUCAGCUUCCUUUGUGUGAUAGAAUUUUUCAAAAAUAUUAAUGAAAUUUAUAUUAAAAAAAUAUAUGAUUACCUUAAAUGCCCAAUGUUAAAAAUUAAUUAAUUAACUUUGUAGAGAAAGUUCAAGACAAACUUGUGCCCAGUGAAUUCUCUUAAAAGAAGCGUAAAUGCACGAAAUUUUAAUUAUUUGUUGGAUUUUGAGGUUAUUUGGUUUACCUUAACUUCAUUUUUUAAUGAAUUUUAAUUUGAAUUUACCUUUUUACAAUAUUUUUGUAAAUAAAAUGCCAUUAUCAGCCAUUCACUGCAUAAGGAAAAAAAAAUUACCACAAAACAACAUUAAUUUUAAGCGAUUAGAUUACUUCUAAGUAAAAAAUUGAAGAUUUGCCUUAAUUACAUUUUAUAUUAUUUUUAAAAAUAUAUAUUUUCCCUCUCGAUUAGUUUAACUUAGAGUUUUUGAUAAAAAAUUAUUAAUUUUAUUUUGACCUUUUUUUUAAGAUUUAUUAUUUUUAUUUUGAAAAAAAAAACUUAGAUUAAAGAGCUUGAGUCUCACACUUAAUUUUAUUAUUUUGUAAUCAAAAUUAUAAAAAUAAGAAAGUAUGAAAAAAUUAAUAAAGUUAAUUUGAAGAAAAUUUAUGAUUUUUUAUUGUUUAUUUACCCUGUUUUUUCGUUAUAAGCUAGUAGCUUAGAAGAAUAAAAAAGUGAUUUUUUUUUUGGCUCACUAGUAGCUUAGUAAAGAAAUUGAACUUCUAUGAAAAUUUUGAAUUUUUUAACUUAAUUAAAGAAAUUUUGCUAUCUUCUCGAUUUCAUUUCAUUGACAAUGUCAUUAGGCAUUGAAACUGAUACUUAGAAAGUUGAAAAAGAUUAAUUAAACUUUAUUUUUGGUAGUACCUUAUUAAAGAUUACAAAAAAUUUUCAAGUUCAAAAAAACUUUACUAAGCUAGUAGCUUAUAACGAAAAAACAGGUUAUUUAUUAUUUUCAAGAUUUUUUUAAACUUCAUUCCAGUUUAUCCUUAAUUUUUAACAGAUUUGAUUUCAUUUCAUUGGCUUACAUUAAUUUUUCAAAUAAUGUGCACAAAACCAAAAAAACUUCCAUCACAGCACAAAUAUCUUUUUGAGAAAUUGGGCAUAACUACUUCCAUGUAAACGAAAAUAAUUUAAAACCUAUAAAACUCGAUUCAAUUUUACAUGAAGUGAACUUCUUACUUGACUCAUUGAAAUAUUGGCUAAUUCUUAUUUAAGGAGUUUUUCAGUUUCUUUUUGGUAGACGCCAUUUAAAAACUGAAGCUUUUCUCUCUUUUAAAUGUUGUUCUUAAAACCAUAAAUGUGGAUUUUAUUGAUGCAUUAAAAUCCAAAUGAUAUGAUUAAUUUUGUCUAUACAGACAGAUUGAUUUUUUGCAAAUCUACAAAGUUGCAUGAUCCUGGGCAAUAUCAAUGCAAUGUACCUAGCCAAAAUUUGCACAUUGCAAAUUACUUAAUGCCGAAUUACGAGCAUAAAACUACUCAAAUAUGCUCAAAUACGUCUAGAUAUUUUCUAGGAUCGAACCAGAGUCGUUACACUUUAAUCCACUUCCAGAAAUGAACAACUUAACUUAACAGAAAAUGAUUUAAUUUAGCUACUAAAUCUGAAUCUAUAAUCAUCAAUCUAUUGUAUAUUAAUGGUAGCAAAGGAAAAGCCCACUCAUGUAAAAUUGAAAGAUAAAGAACUUCCAAAAAAGAUAUUCUUCCAUUCUAAACUAAUUUAAAAUAGGCAAAAAUUUUUGUUUUCCUUCUUUUGCGUAAAUGAGCAAGAAAUUGAGGUGUGCCUUUUUUGAAACAAAAAAAAAAUUAAGAAAAUAACUUAAAAAAACAUGAUAAAUACUUAGUCGAUAAUUAUUGAUAUAAACUAAUUAAUUUUAAAUAGUUCAAAAAGAUGAAGUAAAAGAAAACUUAACAAAAAAUUUAUUGAUGUAAAAUAGAUGACUAAAAUGUGUUGUGUGACGCUUUAAAUUGAAAGGAAGGAAGUUAAAUUAUGUCGAUGGCAUUUUUCAAUAUUAUGACAGGGAUAAGUGGAUGGAAUGCAAUAAAAUAAAGUUGAAAUUUGCCAUAAGUAGUAGACAAAAGCGUAAAAAAUUAGUUUAUGAUAACUGAUGUAAUUG